AUGGCUAGCUUGGCUAUGAAAGCAAUAGGCAGCAAGUUGUCAUCGAAUUUUUCGACGAGCAGUAAUUUUGACCUUAGCAAUAUCAGAGCAUAACAGUCACAUUGAUUGGCACGACUACAACUUCCCACCAUGUCUCAAAUUAAUCCAUUUCAGAUUAUCAGAUUUUCAAGGAAACGAGAAAGCGCUAAUCAAAAAAAUUUAUGUUAGUUGGAUUUUAUUGACAAUUGUAUUAUCCAUUAAUAUUAUCAGUACCAUAGUGCUUUCAGCAACGGUUCUUCCUGGCAUUGACAUUCUUUUCACCUUUCUGAACUUUAUCAUUGGGAUGGUGCUUGGGACUUUUACUUUCUUUUGGGGAUAUUAUGGGAUUGCUAACCCCUAUAGAAAAAAAAAUUUUUUUUGCUCUCAUAGGUUUUUUAAUUUUCAAAAUUCGAAAUAAUUUUAAAGCAAAUUAUAAUUUAAUUUGUAAAAUUUAUGUUUUUAAAUGCAAAUUUGUUUAAAAUUAAACAGAAUUAGUUAGAUAUUUCAUUAUGCUAAUUAUCACUUAUUUACAUCAGAAAUUUUUGUUCGCUAAAGGAGGUGGGAAGUAAGAAAGACAGCAGCCAUCUGCGCAAGUUCAAAAUCGGGGCCGUAAUAUUGGUAAUUCUAUAUAUUUUGGCAAGUUGUUUGCCCUUCGGCGCUUUCAAUGGAUGGGCACGCAUCCCGGUGCUAAAUGAUAAGUCAGGAGGAGCUGCAGAUUUUGGCGUUGCAAUGUGUAUUAUUGAGUCGCUUAUUUAUACAGUCAAUGCAGGGUUAUUAGCUUAUUGUAUUUAUCUUGUUCAGACUGAUGCGGUAUAAUAUAUUUAGUACGACGACCAAAGUAGAAAUUUUAGAUAA